AUGAGAGAUAAUGAAGUGACUGAUGUCGAUCUACGAGAUCAACUGAACGUUAAUGCAGCUGCGGCUGAGGCGGUACAUGCGGCAACAGACGUAUUUCAGCAGGGGAUUGCUAACUCAGCCUACGUCAACGCUUCAGACGGUCUUUCACCAGGCAAUACAGAAUUUGUCGGCCUUGGUGCCGAAACAGUACAUAUAGGAACGGAGGAUUCCGAACAUCAGCAAGUUACAACUAUGGAUGUUUAUCCGUUGGGACAUCACAUAAAUGCACCGUAA